GGAGGGAGACAGGGGGAUGGAGCGUAGCAGUGUAACACGAGACAACCGUUGAAUCCCCUACUAGACUAGAGAGCAGCCAGCAUCCAUCCAGCCUCAGCCAUUCAUCCAUCCGCCCGCAGCUUACCUGGCUGUGUCAGGUAAAGGUGUGUGCAGGCACCACCCAUCAGUGCAGAAACAGGAUGUGAUGACACUGCGAUAGCGUCUCCCGUUUUCUGCCCAGCUUUGUGUUCGUCAGCGGGGACCCUCCCCCCCUCCCGCUCCAAGGACAGGACAUGUUUGAAGCAAAACCCCGGGCGGUGCAGAAGAAGGAGUCGAGCACUGAGACAGAUGAGGGGCUGGGCAGCAGUGGGAAGCAUUAUGGCUCUCUGGGCUCCGGUUCGGCCGACUCCGGCUCUGUCUACCUGUCAGACAGCCAGGACUGGGUGGUGUCCCCUAGCUGCUCUCCAGAUGAAGCCCCCGGCCAGCACAGCGCGAUCUCCCCCCUGCUGGCCGAGGAGACCUUCCGCUACAUGACGUAUCUUGCCUUGGAGCCCUCUUCUUAUUCCCACCCCGGCUCUCAGAGCCUCUCCAAAGUCCUCAGUGCCGAUCGUGUGGAGCAGAUGGCCAAGACUUACAAUGAUAUCGAAGUGGUCUCACACCUUUUGGCUGAGCGGGACAGAGACCUGGAGCUGGCAGCUCGGAUUGGACAGUCACUCCUUCAGAGGAACCACCUGCUGCAGGAACGCAACGAGGCCUUGGAGGAGCAGCUAGCACAGGCCCUGGACCAGGUUCACCAGCUGCAGCAUGAGCUCAGUAAGAAGGACGAGUUGUUGCGGAUCGUGGCCAGCGCCUCAGAGGAGAGUGAGACAGACUCCAGCGUGUCCACGCCGCUGCGGCAGCCUCAGACGCCAGGGGGAACCACUGCCGCUGCAGCACUCAGCCAGCUGGAGUCUCUGCAGAACAAGCUGCAGGAGCUGGAGGAGGAGAAUCUGUUGCUGAGGUCUGAGGCAUGUCAACUGAAGACUGACACCAUCACCUAUGAGGAGAAGGAGCAGCAGCUAGUGAAUGACUGUGUCAAGGAGCUCCGUGAGUCCAACAGCCAGAUGGUGUCUCUGACAGAUGAGCUGUCUCAGAAGAACGAGGAGCUGCUCAGACACCAGGAGGAAAUCGCUCAGCUGCUCUCUCAGAUUGUAGAGCUACAACACAGAGUGAAGGAGUUGGCUCUGGAGAAAGAGGAGCUGAGGAUCCACCUGCAGGCGUCUAAAGAAGCUCAGAGACAACUCACAGCAGAGCUGGACGAGUUGGCGGACAGGAAUGCAGAGUGCGUAGAGAUGCUCCAUGAGUCCCAGGAGGAGAUCAAAGAACUCCGCAGUAAAAACACUCCCUCUGCCGGGAUGCGAAGGCACCUUUCCUACGGCCUCUACCCCAUGGACUCUCUGGCAGCAGAGAUCGAAGGCACCAUGAGGAGAGAGCUGAGUGUAGAGGAGGAGACCGCCUUCAGGGACCAAAGGUCAGACAGUCAGACUUCACUACUGACGGGCACUUCAAGCACAAGAGUAUCCCAGAAGCGAGUCUUCCAAACGGUCCGCUCCAUCAACGCCUCAACAUCGCGGCCAGCCUCGGCCACUCCUCCUAUCCCCGGCUCAGGGCAGAGCUCUUUAGUGAUGACUGCACAGCCCUUCACAUCCACUCAGGGGGAGGAGGUGCGAAUGGGCCAGCCCGGCUGUCCAGGAGGAAAUGACCUCACAAGAGCGCUCCACCGGCUGUCACUGCGACGGCAAAACUUCCUGUGCGAGCGUCAGUUCUUCCAGGCAGAGCGCGAGAGGAAGCUUCAGGCCUUGGCAGGGACGGAGGGAGACGGGGAAGGCAGCUGCUGCAGCUCACCGAUGGGCAGCGUGCUCUCCUCUUUCUCCAACCUGUCAGAGCUCUCCUUCAGCUCCAGCGUUUUUAAGACCUUCCUGCCUGAGAAGCUUCAGAUCGUCAAACCAAUGGAAGGUUCACUGACGCUCCAUCACUGGCAGCAGCUGGCCAAACCACACCUCGCCACCAUCUUGGACCCCCACCCUGGAGUAGUGACCAAAGGUUUCUGCCCACUGGCCCACGACGCCGUCUACCGCCUGUCUGACAUGGAGGAGGACGAGGAGGAUGAAGAGCACAGAGGUGCCUUGGAGAAGGGGGCGGCAGAACGGGGUAAGGAAGAGGAGGAUGAGGAAGAGGAUGGCGGGAUCACCUUCAAGGUGCGCUGUUCGUCUACGCCAGAGGAGAGGAAAGACAGAAAGCAUUCGGUGACACCUCUCCCUGUCCCGCCUCCGUCACCCGCAAUGCCGCCAUCACCUGGGACGCCCGCCACUUCCUCAUCAGUUAGAUCGGACCUCUGUCUGACCCCCGCACCCCGACACAUCCCUGAGAAAUCCAGCGUAUCAUCUCAGCCCAUUCCAACAGCCUGUACGUCAGUGGUCCAAUCACAAAGUCAGAUCUGCAUGUCGACAUCAACAACAUCUUCCUCUGUCCAAAAUCCAGGAAAGUGUCAGAGCUCCACUUUCUCCACCUACACCUUCACCACAUGCCGCAUCCUGCACCCCAGUGACACCACACAGGUCACACCAAGUUCUCGGUCGUCUCUGGCCAACACACCCAGCUCCAUGAGGACCGGUCCCAGCACUCCUGUGACUCCCUGCAGACUGAGUCUGGGUGACUCCUUUCCCCCUCGACGCCCUCCUGUGGCCACCAGCGGCCUGGCCAAGCUGGUCCUGGAGAGGGGCAUUUCUGCACAAGUCUCCACUGACACCCCGCCUCCAUCUCCGAAGCCCACACCCAGGCAACCUCUCUUCCACCUCCUCCCAAGCACGCCCCCUAACUCACCCUCCCACUCACCUGUUCCCUCCCCGGUGCCCCCCGAGUCCCGCCAGCACCCGGCUGACAAUUUCCUAGCAUCGCGGCCAGCGGAGCUUUUUCUCCAGGACGUUUACGGGUUAAAUCUAGGCCGUGCCCCACAUCCCGACUUACCAAGCCCCUCCCAGGAAACCCCAGCUUUUGUCCCAGCCCCUAAGUCAGGCAGAGUGAGGUCUGACCCUGUCAGCGUCGGCCUAGUGGAGAGGCUACGGCGUCUUGGAUUCACCAAGGUGCUCCAGGGUGCAGAGUCUGAGGCUCCAGCACCACGCCAGGAUUCUUCUACGUUUGUGUCAGCUGGCGGGGGAAGCCUGUUGGACGGCCUGAGGCGCAACCAGAGCCUCCCGGCCAUGAUCGGCGCCCGAGCAGGGAAGUCAGCUGGUCACCCUCCUCCUCACCCCACCUCCCUGGCCCUCCCCCCAACACCCUGGGGAAACCCCAAAGAGCGGCGCCGGAAACUUGCCUCUGCCUCCCACGUCCCGUCAAGUACAACCAAACAUUGAGGGGGAAAAGGCGGAUGGAGUGGGAGGGUGCAAACUCCAGAACGAACCCCUCCUUUAUACCUCCAUCCACCUUUUCCUCUCUCCUCCUCUCAGCCUUUGAAGAGAGGAGUCAGGGCAUCUGGCGGGGAGAACAAUCCCUCCUUUUUAUGACUUCAUUUUAAAGCACAAUUGAACUAAACUGACUGUUUUUAGCUAUACCGCAGUGUCUGUGUGUGUAGAUGUUUGCCAUGAUGCUAGUUGCUGAGGCCUUAGUCUGCCUCUGACUGGGUUAUUCAGCUCUCGCUACCUUCUCAGUCAUUAAUUAGGUUCUGUAGUUGUCAUGUUAGGCUCUGGAUGAUAAGGUAGAGGACGUAGGGAAGGUAACAAGAAAGUGAAUGAUGGUUUGUGGAUGUGGAUUGGAAAAGAAGGAGUUAAGAUAAAGGUGUAGAAGGAAGGGAGGAUGUGGGUUUUAUAAAGAAGAGAACGUAAGUAAAAGGCAAAGAGAGAAUGACUGAGCAUCCAGCGUUGCUAUUCCAAGGGCUUGUUCUGUAGUGGGUUUUAAAAGCUUUAGUCUGUAAUAAAGUAGUAUCAUGCUCGCCAGCCAUGCCCAUUAUACAACAAAUGGUUUUAUCUUCAAAUAAAAACAGUCACAAGAGAAGGGAUUCAACAUGCUUUUAUAACUUGAGGACUUUAAGUGCUAGCUGGCUUAAUAGCACACUGUCGAGCUAAUCUCGUAGUCAGACCGUGCCAUUAACAUGCCAGUAUUAUUAUUCGAAUGAUUUGACAGUAGUCCAUUGUUGCACGGGUGUCUGGUGACCGUCCAUGUGCCGUGCCCCUGUUCCCGCCUCUCGCAAGCGUCCGCAUGACUUGUCAACCUUGCCUGCAGGUCCCAGCAUGCACCUGUCAGCAGACAGGUGGGGCCAGGCUGAAGCCACUGGGCAAGAAAAAAUGGGUCUGCCUUUUUCCUUCAGGUCCUUGUGUUUUGUGUGUUUUUAUGAGGCCUUACGUGGAAGCCAGCACUGUUAAUGAUUUAUGUUCCUGUGAAGCCAUGUUUGUAUAUAUAAGUUGCACUCAUUUGGAUUUGGAGGUUGGUUAAUUUAAGGAUCACUGCUUGGUCAAAAACAUUUCACCGUGGUCUUGGUAGGCCCUUAAAAGAACAUCUUAUCAUUUCAGUUUCCUUGUCUCAGGCCUGUGGGAUGUACGGGUUCAGAGGGAAAAGCCACUGACACAUUAUUUUAGUGGUAUGUCACAUGCAUAUGUGCACGUGUUGUUUUCUGUGUUCAAAAUGUGUCUCGGGGUUGACGUACGUGGUUCACACACUGGCCAGCAGGUGGAAGUGUUCCUUUAGGAAAGCUUAUCCGAAUUAAUUGAGUGCUGUUGUCCCUAACAUCCGUCAGUCCAAGCAGACCCUCCCACUAACCUACUGCACUUUUUUAUUUAACUUUUAUUUAGCGACACAGAUAUCUGAAGUAUACAGAUUCUAACAUAUUAAAGAGAACAUUUAGCAUUAUGUGUGCCUGCUGUAACAACGCCAGCUAACAUUUUGACAUAAGCUUUUAAUAUAUGCAGCAGUAUUUUUUUGUUUUCCAAAUGUAGAGGCCCACAGAAGGGAAUCCAAAUUAAUCAAGUAAAGGAAUAAACGUGUGUACUGUAUGAUGCAUUUUGUGUUAAUUAGCUAUAACAUAUUUAACAAAUGAAGCUUCUGUGUAAUGUUUGUCGGAGUGGAGAGAAGAGGAAAGAAGGCACAUGCAGACUGUUCAUAUCUUUAGAUUUGUUGUAGUUGUCAUAUUUUCCAGUACAGCAGGAGGUUUGGGUUUGGGUCUUUUUUUGGCUAAAAUACAGAAUGUCCUGUGAUGACUUCUUGCCUCCCCUCCAAGAUCAUGAUCCUCUGUAAACUACUCAUGGCUAUUACUCAGUUGCCUCUUUUUUUAAAAUAAAGCAAUGGAAACAAAGUCACCGACUGGUUUACUGCUACUCAUUAUAACAUUUUGGGAAUGCUUUCCAGAUUUCCAUCUGGACCAAAGUAAUGGACCAACCAACACACUGAUAUUGCAAUCCAGAGAGCCAUGGCUAUAGACAAAAACCUUGUUCACUAAGUGCAUUUAAAAUAUAUUUUUUUAAAAAUCAGGUGUAAGCAAACUUUACAGAAUCUUUCAGUCAUUGUGUCCUGAGAUUUAAAUCAGCAUGAGCACUUCCAAGCUGCUGUAGCAGUUGUCUGAUGGUAUUGAAGUAGUUUUUGAAAUCGGUCCAGUAUUGAGGCAGAGUGAGAUCCUUUUUGUUUAACCAGAUACAGCCCCCAAAUCACCAUAGACAAUUCCACCAGACCUCAUUUACAUAAGAUGUAAUUUAAGCAUGUAUACAGCCAGCAUCGUUUCACGUCUAACUGGGUGAAUUAAGGGCUUAUUUCACCCAAACCAGAGAUGGUGAUUGAUGGAACAGUGGAAAGACAAACCCAAGAUGGCUUUUGUGAGUUUUAUUUUGCAUCUGUCAACUUUGACCAAAGUGUGUGUUACCAUGUUAAUAUUUUCUGUUUAUAUAAAUGGAGUGUGGUGGCCCUGGUCGUAACGAUUUUGGGGCUGUUUCUGGUUAAACAUUAAGGUCUAUCUUUGUAGGGAACUGUUCCAUAAUGUUGUCAGGCACUUAAAAUAAUAAUCUGAGCAUGUCAGUGUCAAACCCAAAUGGUCACAUUGCAGCCUGUUUCAUGGCUGCUGUACCAUUUCAAAAUUCUUGUCUUUAUUUGUUACUUAGACCCCAAAACAUGAGAUCAUAGGGUCCAGGUUGAAAUAUAUCAAGAUCACCAUU